UAGUAGACCGGUUCUAGUUUGUGGGAAAUUCGAUCAGUUCUUCUGGAAGUCAACUAGAAUAAUUUACUUAGCAGACCGGUUCUAGUUUGGUGAUUGUAUGUUUGUUGGUACUUCUUUCGUAUGAAAAGCGGCCAGACUUCCAAAAGAGUAUAUUGCUCCAAAAAGGCAAAAAGAGACAGCUUUAUUGACUCGGUGACAUGGUUCAGUACGAUGGUUUCCACUAGGCGUGACUCACAUAGUAGAACGAGUCAUAUACUUGGAGUAGGUAUUGACCGAUUGCAGCCGUAGUCGAGACGGGUCGAUCGAAAAUGGCCAUUAAGCGACGUGAGACCGGUUCCUACCUUACAGAUUACAAGUGGCCGGUCAUCGUCAUGACGAGAAAAUCAAAGAAAAUAAAACCAAGAUAAGUACGGAAGUAAUUAUAUAUAUAGAAAGGAUCAGAGUUUUAUUUUUCCAUAUAUUCUUCCUAUUUAGAGAGAAGAGAAGAAGGAAGGCACGAUCAGAACUUUCUAUACAAACAGAUACUCAAUAGCACCUUUAGAUAUUUUUAUUCUUUCUUCUUCUUCUUCUUCUUCUUCUUCUUCUUCAACCAACGACAACAGCUAGGAUGGAUGCUGGGGAAGGUGGAGUUCUUCUGCAUAGCAAUGACGAUCACAAUUUUGUGUCGAUGGAAGAAGGGUUUGCUGAUAAGGAGUUAUCAGUAAUGAAUUCUUCAACACCGCUUAAUCAUGUCUAUGUAAAGAUUUCUAAUGAUUCAACAAUCAAUAACAUUAGUGUUAGUAAAGGAAGUAUUGAUCCGAGAGAUGUUGCUUUGAAGCCGCCGCGUUUAGUUUCUCUUGACGUGUUCAGAGGACUCACGGUAGCGCUUAUGGUACUUGUAGAUCAUGUUGGUGGUAUUGUACCUGCAAUUAAUCAUUCUCCAUGGGAUGGUGUUACUCUAGCUGAUUUUGUCAUGCCAUUCUUCUUGUUCAUAGUUGGAGUUGCGCUUGCUCUUGUUUAUAAGAAAUUGCCGUGCAGAGUUGAUGCAACUAAGAAGGCUGUACUUCGAGCACUCAAACUUUUUCUCUUCGGGGUUGUGCUUCAAGGAGGUUAUUUACAUAGAAUCAACGAUCUAACUUUUGGUGUUGAUAUUCUACAAAUUAGAUUAAUGGGUACCUUACAAAGGAUUGCAAUAGCAUAUCUAUUGACAGCUGUAUGUGAGAUUUGGCUCACGAGGGAUGACGUUGUGAAAUCAAGACGAUCUAUGCUGAAGAAGUAUAAAUUCCAGUGGAUAUUCGUUUUGGUGCUUACUGUUACAUAUACCGCACUUUUGUAUGGGCUACAUGUUGCUGAUUGGGAGUACCGAAUUCCUAGUGAAAACUCUUCUUUCUCUUCAAACAUAAUCUCCGUGAAAUGUGGAGUUCGUGGAGACACUGGACCUGCCUGUAAUGCUGUCGGAAUGAUUGACCGUAAAUUGUUAGGUGUUCAACAUUUAUAUAAGAGACCAACCUACGCUCGGACAAAGGAAUGCAGCAUGAGCUCGCCAGAUAACGGCCCACUUCCACCGAAUGCACCUAGCUGGUGUCAAGCCCCAUUUGACCCGGAAGGAAUUUUAAGCUCGGUGAUGGCAAUUGUUACCUGCAUGAUUGGUCUGCAUUUUGGGCAUAUAAUUGUACACUUCAAGGAUCACAAGGAUAGGAUAUUAUCUUGGACGAUGCCUGCCGCUGGUCUAGUCGUCGUGGGAUUCAUGUUGGACUUCUGUGGGAUUCACAUGAACAAAGCGCUCUACUCUUUUAGCUAUACAUGCGUUACCGUUGGUGCUGCGGGAAUUCUUUUGGUUGGAAUUUAUGUGAUGGUUGAUGUACUUGGGUUUCGAAAACCAGCACUGGUUUUUGAAUGGAUGGGGAGGCAUGCUCUGGUGAUCUAUAUCCUUGCAGCAUGCAAUGUUUUGCCUGUUCUUUUACAGGGUUUCUAUUGGGAGAAACCAGAAAACAAUUUCUUGAAAUUACUUGGUAUUGGCCAAACAUAACCGAUUCGCAUAGGGUGAAUUAUGGGAGCAUGAGCAAAAAGCUAAGCAUAUCUUCCAAGGGUGCAAAUGUCAAAAGAGAUUCAAUACAAUUUUGGAGGUUAGCUAGCUAUUAAAGACAUCGUACCUUCUUGCUAAGCAUGGUGCUGAGUAUGAUUCUCAAUCUACAUGAUGACCAUCGCCAAAUUUUAUCCUUAUUAGCAUGGGAUACCACCGGUCUGGUCGGUGUAGAAGUGUCACUUAAUUAAGCCUCCAUUCCAUGUUUACGUUUUAUUUAUUAAUAAAUCAGCUCUUGAGCUUUGCUUACCUGGAAAAGGCAUUAAAAAGCUAAACAUGUUAUGUCGGGAAGACAUACUCUUCAAUGUGUCAAAAA